AUUAUAGUGUCUAUGUAUUUAUAGUCUAUAGUGACCGUAGAACGAAUGACCGGAUAUCAUUCAAUGUCAUCAAGCAGGUCAGUUGUCUAUGAAUAAAAAUUCUUUUCCGUCGUUCUUCGUUCUCGGUAUCGGAGGUUAGAAACAUGACUCGCAAACGCCGCAAUGGAGGACGCGCCAAGCACGGCCGUGGUCACGUUAAAGCCGUGAGGUGCACCAACUGCGCGCGAUGCGUGCCUAAGGACAAAGCUAUCAAAAAAUUUGUGAUUAGGAACAUAGUCGAAGCGGCGGCAGUCAGAGAUAUCAAUGAAGCCUCCGUGUAUGCAUCAUUCCAGCUGCCCAAGCUGUAUGCAAAGCUCCAUUACUGCGUGUCCUGCGCCAUCCACAGCAAGGUAGUGCGCAACAGGAGUAAGAAGGACAGGAGGAUCCGUACCCCGCCCAAGAGCACCUUCCCCAGGGACAUGGCACGUCCACAGAACGUGCAGAGAAAGUGAUGUGGUUAAAUAAACUAUAAAAUACCA